CAUUCUUUCUCCUUUUUUCCUCAAAUAAUUAAAUCUCCACGCCUAUUACAUCAAGAAAACGUUUUCUUUUUUAUUUUUGUUAUUAUUUCUCUUUUUAAGAUGGAAGCGAUCCUAUUCUGCUUUUCUCUUGGUUUGUUUUUGUUCGCUCUCCUCUUGAUCAAACCCGAUCCCCAACCCAAAUCCCAAUCCAGUUCCAAAUCAAACCAACUCCCUUUUCCUCCCCUCGUUAUUAUUUUUAUUCUUCUUCUUAUCAUCAUUAUUUUAAUUCCAAGUCUUUUACUGCCCAUCUCUCUUCUACACGAUUUGUUCCUCUUGCUGUUCUUAUUGUUCUUCGCCAAAUCUCACCGCUCAUCUUUUUCCUCCCCCUCUUUUUUUUUUCUCUUCCUUUUAUCGAUUUAUUUAUUUAUUUUAUUUUUCUCUUCUACGCUAAUCCGUUGUUAUUAUAAAUAAAUGCGAGAUGAGGAAUUUUUCUGCCCAUUCGUUUUCUUUCGUCCAGGAAAAAAGUUGCCCUAGUUUUUUCUUCUCCUCUUUCCCCUUUCGCUUGAUCUAGGGUUAGGGUUAGGGUCUCGACCGGGGAUCGGAGAUGGAGGUCUCCGCCGGAGGAGAGGAGAAGCCGCCGCGGGAGGCGUGGAAGAAGACGCCGGAGAGCGGCGGAGAGAUCAGCAACGCUAAUAACAACGGCGGGAGCAACGGCGAGAAGCCUAAGAGGAAGAUGAAGAGCCCGUAUCAGUUGGAAGUUCUUGAGCAGACUUAUGCGGUGGAGACUUACCCUUCGGAGGCUUUGAGAGCGGAGUUAUCAGCAAAGAUUGGGCUCUCUGAUCGGCAACUGCAGAUGUGGUUCUGUCACCGGCGGCUUAAAGAUCGGAAAUUUCCGCCAGCGAAGAGGGCGAGAAAGGAAGAAGAACCACUGCCACCUCAGCCAGUUGGGCCCUCAGCUGAUAUAAUGAUGGCGGGUUCUGGCAGUCCAUACUUGAGCAGUGGGGAGCCGAGGCGUGGAGUGGGGAGGGCGGUAUCGAGGGUUGGGCCAGAGAUGGGGAUAGGGAAGAGGUACUAUGAGCAUUCGCCUAUGCUCGCACCGCCUCCAAUGCCGCCACCUCAGCUCUCGGUGGGAGAACUUAGGGUCAUUGCAUCGGUAGAGGCUCAGUUAGGCGAACCAUUGAGAGAGGACGGGCCGAUACUUGGGGUGGAGUUUGAUCCCUUGCCUCCUGGGGCAUUUGGGGCGCCCAUAGCUGUGACGCCGCAUCAGCAGCCGCCAAUGCGUCCGUACAAUGGCAAGAUGUUCGAGAGGCAUGAAGCCAAGGCAAUUAAGACAUCAACUUUCUUGCCCACCAUGGAUCACUGUUAUGUGCCUGGUUCUUCAAGUGGAAAGAGAAAAGCAUCUGGUGGAAAUGCUCAUGUAGUUCAUCCUCAGGCUAGUUCGAGAGCGUUGCAUGAAUAUCAGUUUCUUCCUGAGCAGCCAAGCAUAAGAUCGGAAGCAUAUGAAAGGAUGCCCCAGAGUCACUAUUAUGAUUCGGCAGUGGUUACUCCAAAUACACGAGUUUCAUCUUUGCCAGUUGGAGGUCAAUAUUUGCACGGAAAUGAGCAUGUGGCUCCUACUUACACUUUUCAAGGUCAGUUGCCGCAACAAGGCCGGCCGCAAGCUUUCUCUUCUGGGCAACUGGAGUAUGAAAAUGCUCAACAGAAUCACUCUUUUGCAAACAGUCCAUCUGAUGCGCAAUUUGGUGUGCACCAAGGCCUUGGAUCAGAAAAUCCAUACUUAUCCUCAGAUAGGAGGAUAUUCCAUGAUGAUGAUCCUACUCGAUUGGAGAGGAAGCGGAAGCUUGAGCAGAGUGAGGAAGCGAGAAUUCAAAAGGAAGUUGAAGCUCAUGAGAAGCGGAUUAGGAAGGAGCUUGAAAAGCAAGACAUUUUAAGAAGAAAGAGAGAAGAACAGAUGCGGAAGGAAAUGGAGAGACAUGAUCGAGAAAGAAGAAAAGAAGAAGAGAGAAUGUUGCGUGAAAAGCAACGUGAGGAGGAGAGGAUCCAACGGGAACAAAGGCGCGAGCUUGAACGGAGAGAGAAGUUCUUGCAAAAAGAAACUCGGAGGGCCGAGAAGAUGAGGCAGAAGGAAGAACUGCGUAGAGAGAAGGAAGCAGCAAGACUUAAAGCUGCAAACGAUAGAGCUACGGCUCGUAGAAUUGCUAGGGAAUAUAUGGAGCUUAUUGAGGAUGAACGCUUAGAACUUAUGGAAUUGGCUGCAUCAAGUAAAGGGUUAUCCUCAAUAGUUGCUUUAGACGGCGAAACUUUGCAGCAGCUUGAUUCGUUCAGAGAUAUGUUGAAUGCAUUUCCUCCAAAGUCCGUACAAUUGAAACAUCCUUUUACAACUCUGCCUUGGGCCAGAUCUGAUGAGAAUGUUGCAAACUUUCUUAUGGUUUGGAAGUUUUUAGUUACUUUCACCGAUGUCCUUGGGCUCUGUACAUUCACGAUAGAUGAGUUUCUUCAGUCACUUCAUGAUUAUGAUUCAAAAUUAUUGGGAGAAAUACAUGUUGCUCUGCUGAAGUCGAUCAUUAAAGAUAUAGAGGAUGUUGCAAGGACCCCUGCCAUGGCAUAUGGGUAUAAUCAAAAUAGUGCCGCUAAUCCUGGAGGCGGUCAUCCUCAAAUAAUUGAAGGGGCAUAUGCUUGGGGUUUUGAUAUUCGCAGCUGGCAACGUCACUUGAAUUUUCUGUCUUGGCCUGAGAUAUUACGGCAAUUUGCUAUAUCAGCUGGAUUUGGACCUCAGUUAAAGAAAAGAAGAGUUGAGCUUCCGUAUCUACAUGACGACGAUGAGGGUAAUGAUGGUGAAGAUGUAAUAUCUACUUUACGGAAUGGUGCAGCAGCUGAAAAUGCAGUUGCUCUAAUGCAUGAAAAGGGUUACUCACAUCGACGUAGAUCACGGCAUCGAUUAACUCCUGGAACGGUCAAGUUUGCUGCAUUUCAUGUUCUUUCUCUUGAGGGGAGCAAAGGAUUGACAAUUUUAGAAGUUGCUGAGAAGAUUCAGAAAUCUGGAUUGAGAGAUCUCACGACAAGCAAGACACCAGAAGCAUCUAUUGCUGCUGCUUUGUCCAGAGAUACCAAACUUUUUGAAAGAACAGCUCCUUCAACAUAUUGCGUUCGGUCCCCUUUCAGGAAAGAUCCUGCCGAUGCUGAUGCUAUAUUAUCAGCUGCACGGGAGAAAAUACAGGUAUUUCAAAAUGGUAUUUCUGACUCAGAGGGUGAAAAGGAUGCAGAUGAUGCAGAUGAAGCUGAAAGAGAUGAAGAUUCUGAAUGUGAUGGGGCUGACGAUCCCGAAGUUGACGAUACAAAUACUGUUGAAAAUUUGAGUAAGGAUGUUCACAGUUCCAUGCAGUUAAAAGAUUCUAAUACACCAGCUGCAUUAGAAAAUGUGAAGUCUGAAAUGCUAUGUGAUGAGGUUGAGGCAACGCCGCGGAGCAGUUUGAUGAACAUGGCCAAAAGUUCUUCAGCACAUCCAUCAGGAAACUUCAGUUUGAUGUGUGCUUUGGAUUCACCCCAGCCAGCCAGUACUGAACCAAGUUGUCAAGCAAUCACUGCUGAUGUCGAGGACACAGUAAUUGAUGAAAGCAACAUUGGUGCACUUUGGGUUCUACAUUUAAUGGAAGGUGAUUAUUCUGAUUUACCUGUUGAGGAGCGCCUUAAUGCCCUUGUUGCUUUGAUCGAUGUGGCUAUUGAAGGAAACUCCAUGAGGGUUAUUUUGGAGGAGCGUUUGGAAGCAGCAAGUGUUCUGAAGAAGCAAAUGUGGGCAGAUGCACAACUGGAUAAAAGGCGUUUCAAAGAAGAAUACAUGAGCAGAGUACAAUAUUCUUCCAUUCUGGGCUCUAAGGCUGAUACUUCCCAAAUGAAUGUUGCAGAAGGAAGUCAGACCCCACCUGACAUUAUCAAUAGCAAGGAUAUAGAUGGGAAUCCAGUCCUGGAUGGCAAUGACCAAUUUCUUGACCCACAAUGCCAAAAUAAUGUCAAUAAUAUGUCUGAGAGGAGUUCAAUAGGACAAGAUUUCUCUACAAAUCCAGAUGCUCUUUCUGUUCAGCAAUAUGGAUAUGUUGCAGAAAAGUCUCGGUCACAGUUAAAAUCAUACAUUGGCCACAAAGCUGAACAACAUUAUGAAUAUAGGUCUUUACCCUUGGGUCAAGACCGCAGGCGUAAUAGAUAUUGGGUAUUUUCGACAUCUGCUUCUCCUAAUGAGAUAGGCGCUGGAAGAAUCUUUGUUGAAUCAAAAGAUGGCUUGUGGAGACUCAUUGAUACAGAGGAGGCGUUUGAUGCUCUUCUAGCUGCUCUAGAUACACGGGGAGCUAGGGAAUCACAUUUACACUCAAUGAUGCAAAGAAUUGAGCCGGCUUUUAAAGAGGCAAUUAGAAGGAACAAAAAGCAUGCAAGCUCAGUGAAGCUGGAUGGAUGUGUUGUCAAAACAGAAACAGGGGCUUUGGAUAUGACAUCAAGUCCCAAUUGCCAGAAAGGAAUCAGCAGUCCCAGCAGCAUACUUUCCAGUCUUUCUUCUGAUUCGGCGGAGUCCUUGGCACCGUUCCAAAUUGAAUCUGGAAGAAACAAGAUGGAGAGAAAUGACAUCUUAAGUAGAUACAAGGUUUUCCUUAGAUGGAUGUGGAAACAAUAUUAUAGUCCCUCUACAUUAUGUGCCAUGAAAUAUGGGAAGAGCAGAUGUCCAGAGCUUCUGCAAGUUUGCCACUUAUGCUACAACUGUCACUUCACGGAGGAGAGGCAUUGUCCUUCCUGCCACAGGACAUUCAAGCCCAUGUAUAAUGUAGAUGCAAAAUUUUCAGAACAUGUAUCUCAUUGUGAAGACAAGCAAAAAAUGGAUCCUGAUUGGAUAUAUGAAGUGUCAGAUUCUCUUCCUUCCAUUGGAUUGCAAUUACUCAAGGCACAGUUAUCCCUAAUGGAGGCCUCAAUUCCUGCAGAAGCUCUUCAAUCAUUCUGGACAGAUGGUUAUCGAAAAUCUUGGGGUGUGAAGCUGCAUUCUUCAACAUCUGCUGAAGAUCUUUUACAGCUGAUGACUCUAUUAGAGAAUGCAAUAAAGAGGGAUUUCUUGUCCCCAAAGUUUGAAACAACCAAUGAGCUGUUAGGUUCAUCAACACGAGGAACUGUUCUUGCAUCGGUGCCGCCCAGUAUAGCUGCAGUGGCCUUAAGAUUGUUGGAUCUUGAUGCAUCAAUUUCUUAUGUGAUGCAACAGAAGUUGGAGUUUAACAAGGAGAAAGAAGCUGGAGAUCUCAUUAAGCUACCAUCAAGGUUUAGCGCUGUCAAGAAUAUGCAUGAGCUCGAACCAAAUGGAAGUCCGGAACAAAUUGAUUACCAAAGAGAUGUUAGGUGGCUUGAUCCUGCAAGUGGCCGUACUCGUGGCCGAGGACGGGGAACUCGUGGUCGGGGAGGUCGUGGUCGAGGCCGAGGUGGAAGAGGAGUCAGAGGGAUCGGCAGCUCUAUGAGAGCAGAAUAUAAGGAAGACAUUUUAGGAAGUUAUGAGAAGACUACAAGGAAAUAUACGAGAAGAGGAGGUCGUACUCGUGGUGGUUGGGGAAGAAAGCGAGGUCGUCGCUCAGUUAGGCCUCGUCAGAGAUCAGAUACCCGAGUAACAAUGGCAAAGGAAACGCAGAUGGGAAGUUUCACCAAUGUUGGCAUUAAUAUCAAACAGAACAGUUUCGAGGAGUCACCAAGGAGCUCUGCAGGAAACGAGUGGGGUCUUGAGGAGAGGACUGCUUAUGUUGAAGAGGAGGACAAUAGCUCUGGAUCUGGGUCUGAGAACGGUCUUGUUUCAGGGGAUGAGUAUGAUGAUCAGGCACCCAAUUAUGUGGUUGGCUAUGGUCAGAACAAGCCCAUGGGUUUGUUGGAUGAUGAGACGGACGAGGACGAGGAUGAUGUCGAUGGAUAUGAAGUGGAGGAUGAUAGGUCUCGAUUGAGGCAGGCGAUGAUGGAUGUGGAUGUGGAUGAUGAGGAUGAAGAAGAGAUUGGGGAUGAUAUCAGGGGUGGGGAUGGUGAAGAUGUGGGUGGAGAUGUGAAUGGGGAUGAAGAUGAUUAUUCUUCUUCGGAGUAUAGUGAUUGAGAGAGUAGUAUUACGAGUAUAGAGGUAGUGAUAGUUCUUUCUUUUGUUGGGAUUACUGAGAAAAACUUAGUUGAUAGCAGUUUUCAUUCUUUUAUGCAUAGCGGCAGCAUUUGAGAAAAGCAGUUAGCAGGAGCUCACGAGAAUGUAGAUAAUUUCAGGCGCUGAAGACAGGAGCCCUCUCUAGUUAAUAGCGGAGGAGUGGGAGCAAGGGCAAUGUGCUCUUGGAAGUAUUUUCGUAUCAGACAACUUUGAACAUGAAUUGGGCUUUUUCUCCCCCUGUUCAUUUUUUCUUCCCUUCAGUUUUAUAAAUGUUGUAUUAUGGUGGGUUAUAUAUUAUGAUGUUUAUUGGCAGCUCCAUCCCACUCUCAAACUGAUAUUUGUCUAAAUUAAAUGGCUCAGUGUCCUGCCGUUCUCUGAUAU